AUGGAUUCCAGAAUCAUGCAAACCUUCCAGAAGGAAAUCACCUGCCCUAUCUGCAUGAAGUACUUCAUAGACCCAGUCACCUUAGACUGUGGGCACAGCUUUUGUAGGCCCUGUCUCUACCUUGGCUGGCAUGACAUCCUAGUUCUUGCUCCCUGCUAUGUAUGCAAGGAAAUGGUAGAGAAGAGAGACUUUAAAACCAAUGUCCGUAUGAAGAAACUGGCAUCCCUUGCCAGAAAAGCCACUGUUUGGCAGUUCUUGAGCUCUGAGGAACACAUGUGUGGGGCUCAUAAGGAGAUGAAAAAAAUCUUCUGUGAAGAAGACAAGAGCCUGCUCUGUUUCCUCUGUUCUAAAUCCCAGGAGCAUGAAGCUCACAGACACUGGCAAAUCGAAUGUGCUGCUGAACAGCACAGGGAGAAUCUGCUGAGGAAAAUGCACUCCAUAUGGGAAAAAUAUUGUGAAAGUCACAGAAAUCUGAUUAUGGAAAUGAUGACUAUGGAUUCAUGGGAGGAUUACAUCAAUUUAAGAGGAGAAGCGAUCAGAGCUGAAUAUGAGAAACUGCCUGAGUUUUUCCAUGAGGAAAAAUGCUAUCAUUUAGAAAGACUGAAAAAGGAGGGCGAUGAAAUUUUUCAGCAACUCCAAGAAAGUAAAACCAGAAUGGCUCUUGUAAAAAAGAUGUUAAGAGGAAUGUAUGAGGAGCUGAAGGAAAUAUGCCAUAGACCAGACAUGGAGUUACUCCAGGCCUAUGGAGACACGGUGCACAGGAUUGAAUCCAUGCAGCUGUACGUAGCCCAGCCUCUGAAUCCAGAACUCAGUGUGGGGCCCAUCACUGGACUAAUCGACAGGCUUAACUGUUUCCGAAUGGAUAUUACUCUGUAUCCUGAAAGAGCCCACAGUCAUGUCUUCCUACAUGGAGAGUUGAGAAGUGUGCUUGUUGGAUGUGAUCCUCAAGGUGCCUCCUGGAACACUCCAACAUCAGAAUGUUUUCUUGCCUGGGGUGCUCAGACUUUUACCAAUGGCAGAUAUUACUGGGAACUGGAUGUGGGAGACUCUUGGAAUUGGGCUUUGGGAAUCUGUAAUGAUGAUUGGAAAGAGAAUAGGGAAGACAAGAUGCAUGAUGUGGAGGGACUUUUUCUUCUUGGAUGUGUUAAGGAGGGUACCCGUUACACUCUAUUUACCACCUCCCCGCUUGUACUUCAUUAUCUACCAAGGCCCAUUGGCCAAAUAGGAGUAUUCCUGGAUUGCGAAGGUAGAACCGUGAGCUUUAUCAACGUUGCUCAAAGUUCUCUGAUACACAGUAUUCCUCACUGUUCCUUCUCUCCCCGUCUAAAGUCUGUCUUUUGCUGUAGUCACUUCUGA